GAUACACCAUGCACCGUACAUAACACGCCUAAACAUUCUCGCUAACAUGGCCUAUCGCGGAAACAGACGUCAUGCAAGCGAAACAUGGCGGCACGAAUCGUGGUGCAACAAGCAGGCCGUGCACCGUCACUGCACCCCAUCAACUCCUCAGUCGGACGGAGGCAGCGGCGAGGACACAUCCGCAUGUGGCAGCUCCCGGGUGCUGGGCGAUACACGUUACUUAUUCAUUUUUGCUCGCUAGACACGAUAACCAGUGGGCAGGUGACACAUAUGCUUUAUCUAACAAAAUAAGAGAUAUUUCUGCACGACUUCGAUUGCCCAAGCUGAAAGACGAUCAGAACAACCAGACGGUAAUCAGAAAAAGUGAUACGUUGAGGGCAUUGAUAGUGUGCUUCGCUGCUUUCCUUACCAGCAAUGUUGCCUGAGGGGUACUCUCAAGAAGAUUUCAUCUUCGCCAAACUUUUUAAAGGUGUAUGUGAAGUUGGCCAAAUGGUUAUGAGUCAACUUGCAAAGGAUAUAUAUAGUCAUCCUUUAAUAGAUGCAAAUGAUGGGCAUAUGUACCUGAAAGCUUAUUGUGCAGACAGGAACAUAAUCAUAAAUAUGAAUUUCUUUCCAAAGUUGAUGGAGACUGAUAUCAUCAAAGAAACCUUUGAUGUAUCAGCAGCAUACAUAAUUAUUAAAGAUAUCUGUGUAGAUUUCUACAACAGCUUAAGUGAAUGGUGUAAAGACAGUAUAAAAGAUUUGGUAGGAAUGAGGAAUGAAAUUUGUCAUAGAUAUGGGUGCAAAGAGGAAGAUAUGAAAGCAGACCUUAAUCUGUUAAAAACUGUCAUCAGAAACAUAUAUGAAGAAAUUGGAAAAAAAAUUAAAAAGAAUUAUAACUGUGACAUAUCAAGGGCAGAAGAAAUUAUUAAUAGCAUUAUAAAUGCAAAAUUACAGGACCACAGCUCUGAUGUUACUCUGAAUGACAUUGAUUAUUUUAAGGAAAGGCUUCAAUUUAAAAUGAUAUCUCAAGGUCACAGUAAACUUCAUGACUGCUAUAGUAAGUUGACAGUUCUCAAUCCAUGCACUUGGCUGGGUGAAAUUGACUACAAAAUCCUCACUAAGGACUUUGAUCAUACAAAACGUUCAAAAAUUGACAAGUUUAAAGUUGACAAGAUUUACACAACACUGAAAAUUGCGGACAACAGAAGCAAUCUUGAUGUCAAUGACCUGUUGAUUACCACUGACAGGAAAAGACAUAAAGAAAUCUUACCCCAAAUUUUGCUGCUGGAAGGUCAGGCAGGUUGUGGCAAAACAUCUCUGUGUCGUUUCUUCAUUCAUGAAUGGUGUAGGACACUAGGCCCCCACAAGACAGCCUCAGACAUUAAGGGUCUGGCAAAAUACAAUCUGGUUAUUCUUGUUGAGUUGAGAAGGACUCAGGCAGUCACUUUUGAAGAAUUUCUCAAACAUGAUUUGCUGAAAGAUGUAUGUAGGAAUUUCAAGGAUGAAGAUAUUUGGUACUUACUUGAUGACCUAGAGUUGUUGAUUAUUAUUGAUGGUUUUGAUGAAAGAAAGGAUGAUAGAUUAACAAAGGAUAUCUUCCAAAAAUGCAAAAGUAAACGCAUUAUUCUUUCAACAAGAACAAAAUGCCUUGAUUAUGCUAAAAGUCUUGCCAGGGGAGAGAUGAUGAAGUUUUUGACAGUCAGCAUUUGUGGCUUUGACUACCCUGGACUGAAAGAAUUCUCAGGGAAAGUGUUUGAGGCCAUUGAAGAUAAUCCAGAAAAACGAAAGCAAGAGCUAGAAGAAUUCCAGAGAUUGAUUGAUGAGAAGAAACAUAUUGUAAGAGCAAGACAGCACCUAGCAGACUAUCAACUUCCACUCACCAUUGCUUUUAUCAUAAUCCUUUGGAGAGACAAUCCUGCAGUUAUCAAUCAGAUCAGUACAUCAACACGCUUGUAUCUGGAAAUAUUUAAAUUGUUUCAGAAGAAGCUAAAAGAACGUCUGUGCAAACUCGGGAAAACCAAAAGACUUGAUGGAAAGUUAAAUUCCCUGUUGUUAUUCCUUGGUGACGUUGCAUGGAGGAUGCUAAAGGAAGGAAAUUAUAUAUUAACUGAUACCCUGUAUGAAGAUAUUAAGAAAGAAUGUAAAGAGAGGUCAGUGAAUUAUAUGGAACUUUUGUCUGCCUUUAAUGUGUGAAACUAAUUACAAUUCUGAUGUUGAUGACCUUGUCUUUACAUUCCUGCAUAAGACACAGAUGGAAUAUCUUGCAGCUGUAUACCUACAUCAUGAAAUACAGAGAAACAAGAAGGCAGUUAAAGAAAUUUUCUCCCAAGCUGAAGUCUGUCAAGAAGUCUUUGUGUAUCUGAUUGGUUAUAUGGCAAUUCAUGAGCACUUGGAUGAAGAUAUCAUAAGUGGAAUUGUUAAUGGUUUUCAUUACAAAACAGAUGAUUUCACAUUCUGGUGGGAAGUCUAUUCUGAGAGCCUAUAUAAUAAAGAAAUUGGAAGACUGAUUGUUAAUAAACAGUUACAAA